UCGUGUCGCGAUUGGAAUGUUACAGAGGAACAAUCGAAACAUUUGAGCAUUUGGUAAUUGGACGCUAGAAUCAAGGAAUCCCGUUUUUGUAACAAUUUCAAUGUAUUUGCAAAGUCACAUUGUAACUGUAAAUACUGUUUGAGGUCGUUGCGUCAAUUUCUUCGCUUGUAUCAGGCCCUAUUCUCCGAUGAGAUUAUUUUUGCGUGUAUGAGGUCUGUCGGGAGAUUAAAAUAUAAGAGAAAUGCAGGGAUUCGUGAGGCUACAGUUGCACUGAUGAACUGCUCUUGUUCUACGACGGUUUCCUCGUACAUUCAUUGAACCAUGGAGUGAAAUAUCGCCGGAGAGAGCGCGAGGAGUCAGCCUAAUUAUACUCCGAGACAUCUGGAUCUAAAAGCCGACCUCACCGAAGGCUUUAAAAGACAGACAGCGUGUUAACAAAUCUUAACGGUGGGAUACAUUUUCUGUGUUGGCCAAGGCAGGAAGCCACAUGAACCCCUGCCGCUACUCUACAGGGGAAAGAGUUGGUAGAACGCUUCGGGCAUCUCUAACCGGGCGCAGUUUUACAUUUGAAUACAGACUGGCUGAAUGAAGGAGAGGGAGAGAGGGGCAAAGGGAGUGUAUGAAUGUUUUUACUUGGUCGAGGGGGAUUUUUGUUGCCCAUUGACACUAUAUUGUGAAAUGGACAAACUAGAUAGAGAGAGAGAACGCAUUUAAAAUCGCCCACAUGCGCUGGAUCAAUCGCUGGAUUGGGGAACGGAAUACGAAGAAGGGGGAAGACGCGAGUUUGAAAUCUUUGCAGGCUGGAAGAUGGCGGAGCGGUGUAGUUGGAGGUGGUGAGAGCCUAACUUCUGGCCACUUCGAAUUUAUUUGUAAACACCUUGCCCCUAUUCGUAGGACACAUGCAGGCCAAAAAACGAUAUUUAUUCCUGCUCUCCGCCGGUGCAUGUCUAGUCCUACUGUUCUACUUUGGAGGGGUACAACUUCCAGCGUCGGGCAGAAACCGGCAUGACCGUAGCCACAAUGGAUAUCGCCCCGACCAGCCGUGGCCACACUUCUCUGACCCUUUACAACAGUUCCUACCCUGGGAUCAACUGGACACUGAGGAAUACAACAUGCACAUAUCGCCGAGGCAGAAGAGGGACGUUAAUACAAGCGUGUACAAAGGCAAAAGAUGUCGCAUGGAUUCGUGCUUUGAUUUCUCUGCAUGUAAAAAGAACGAUUUCAAAGUGUAUGUCUACCCCCAACAGAAGGGGGAGAAAAUCUCAGAAAGUUACCAGAAUAUUUUAUCGACCAUUGAGGGAUCCAGGUUUUACACCACUGACCCGGGACAAGCUUGUCUAUUCGUCCUGAGCUUGGACACCCUGGACCGGGACUCGCUCUCGCCACAGUACGUGCACAAUCUCAAAACCAAGGUCCAGAACCUUCAUCUCUGGAACAACGGCAGAAACCACCUCAUAUUUAACUUGUACUCUGGGACAUGGCCGGACUACACGGAAGACCUAGGUUUCGACAUAGGCCAGGCCAUGUUGGCCAAGGCCAGCAUCAGUACCGAGAAUUUCAGGCCCAACUUUGACGUGUCCAUCCCGCUGUUCUCCAAGGAGCACCCUAGGACCGGAGGGGACAGGGGGUACCUAAAGUACAACUCCAUCCCACCUUUCAGGAAAUACAUGCUUGUGUUUAAGGGGAAACGAUACCUUACAGGUAUAGGGUCAGACACGAGGAAUGCCUUAUAUCAUGUCCAUAACCAGGAGGAUGUGGUGCUCCUCACCACCUGCAAACACGGCAAGGAUUGGCAGAAACACAAGGACGCACGCUGCGACAAGGACAACGCAGAAUAUGACAAGCAGCCUGUGUGCCUGUGAUGCUGAGUAACGGUUGGGAGCUGCCCUUCUCUGAGAUCAUCAACUGGAACACGGCGGCCGUCAUCGGGGACGAGAGGCUCCUGCUGCAGAUCCCGUCCACGGUGCGCUCCAUCCAUCAGGAUAAGAUCCUAGCUCUGAGGCAGCAGACCCAGUUCCUGUGGGAGGCCUACUUCUCCUCCAUGGAGAAGAUUGUGCUGACUACUCUGGAGAUCAUCCAGGACCGGGUGCUGCAGCAGGAGUCCAGGAGCACCUUGAUGUGGAACAGCCACCCCGGGGGGCUCUUCGCCCUGCCACAGUACUCUGCCCACCUGGGAGACUUCCCCUUCUACUACGCCGCCCUAGGUAUAAAACCGUACCCCAAGUUCACGGCAGUCAUCCACGCAGUCACUCCCCUGGUCUCCCAAUCCCAGCCCAUCCUCAAGCUGCUGGUGUCUGUUGCCAAAUCACAGUACUGUGCACAGAUCAUUGUGCUGUGGAACUGUGACAAGCCUCUCCCUGCUAAGCACCGCUGGCCUGCAACCUCCGUGCCCGUCAUUGUCAUCGAGGGAGAAAACAAGGUGAUGAGCAGUCGCUUCCUGCCCUACGAGACCAUUGUCACCGACGCCGUGCUCAGCCUGGAUGAGGACACUGUACUCUCAACCACAGAGGUGGACUUUGCCUUCACGGUGUGGCAGAGCUUCCCAGAGAGGUUGGUGGGCUACCCGGCCCGGAGCCACUUCUGGGACAGCAACAAAGAGCGCUGGGGCUACACUUCCAAGUGGACCAACGACUACUCCAUGGUGCUGACCGGAGCUGCCAUCUACCACAGAUAUUACCACUUCCUGUACACCAAUUUCCUGCCUGCCAGCCUGAAGGGCAUGGUGGACCAGCUGGCUAACUGUGAGGACAUCCUCAUGAACUUCCUGGUGUCAGCCGUCACCAAGCUGCCGCCCAUCAAGGUCACCCAGAAGAAGCAGUACAAAGAGACCAUGAUGGGACAGUCGUCGCGGGCGUCACGCUGGGCUGACCCGGACCACUUCGCCCAGCGGCAGACGUGCAUGAACAAGUUCGCCAGCUGGUUUGGCGGCAUGCCCCUGGUCCACUCCCAAAUGAGGCUGGACCCKGUGCUGUUCAAGGACCAGGUCUCCAUCCUGCGCAAGAAAUACAGGGACAUCGAGAGGCUCUGACAGGACGCGCGCCCCCUGCUGGAGAGGCCGGGGGAGGCGGUAGCGGUAGUAACAGACAGGCUCGCUGGAGAGCAGCCGUAGGAGGACCAUGACAGUGGCAGUAGGACAGUCAGCCAACUUGGAUCCUAGGGGGGGCGCUACAGCUCCGUCUUCUACUCAGCACAUUGCCAAUGACCACAGGACUUGACAAGUGAAACAAGUGGAAUUGCGGUCUCUGGAGAACUACGCACACACACACACACAGGAUAUACAGGUCUAUAGUAUGUUCACAUAAACACACAAACUACUGACAAUGAGACUCUUAGAUAUCAUAUUUUUUUUGUAUGAAUGCCACAAAGGAGAGAAUGACGAGAGACUUUCCUGUGACUCAUGUGCAGGAUGGUAGAGGAAGGGAGGUGUCCAACAUGACAACCCAACCACAGAUCAGAUCCGCCACGGACUGGUAACCUAGACUCAAUGCAACCCUUCCUAACCUCACCUUGACCCCUUCAUGACCUCCCUAUGUCUGCAUCAGAACCUCUGACGCACUCACCACCAGCCCCUGCUCUGGACCCUGGGUAACCCUGUAACUAUUUCUUUCCUUAAUUUUUGAUCCAUACUUCCCUCCCAUGUGUUUACUGGGGUUUGAAGCGUUGGGUGUCUUAUCGUCCUAAGAACUGUUCCGUGUGAUUUAAUCAAAUUCAGCAUUUGGCGGUCAAGGUCGAGAAAGUAGAGUUUUGUUAUUCUUUUACUGGAAGGACAGUUUAAAAGCCGCCGUUUUCAAAUGGUGCCACUCGUAUUGCAAUGCGGCAGUCACAAAACCCACAUAAACAUGAACUCUAUGCUCAUUCCUUGAAUUUCGGAUAGUUUGAUUUUUUAUUUCUGUCAGAUUUAUUGCAAUGAUAAGCCUUUUUUUYCCCUUCAAAACUCUCAAAAGCAGUGUUACUUUUCUUCUCAUGUUUUUUGUUUUCUCCUCAAAAGUUCAGUUCCAGUGUGUGUACAGAGGCUAAAAGUAAGCUCAUCCAACCAUAAGCCCAAACAGAGUACUUUCCCUCCGUCGGAAUGAGCAAAAUGAACAUUUCUGGAUGAAAUGGAGCAGAACACUGCCUUCUAAACCAAACCCUUUUCACCCAUUUAUUUCCCCUUUAUUGCUUACGAGCACUACCGUGGCAGAAGGAGUGCAUGCUAAAUUUAGAACCUAAACAAUUCUUUAGUUGCCUGCGUCAUUUCCACAGCAGUGUUAAGAGAUUUUGCAAAUGUAAAUGUGAAACGCGUCUGUUGUGCCAUGUCCCCGAAAUUCACAUUAGUGCUGCCUUUUUAAAUUGCUUAUUGCACAUAUUUUCCAUAAAUCGAUACCGAAAGCAGUAGAAGAUACUAUAUAGUUGAAAUGCCCUCUGUAAUAUGUGUUAUUCUUCCUAGAUUCACCACAUCAUAAUGAUGCUGGUGAAAUUUAAGCCUCAAAGCCAUUCGAUAGACAUAGCCAUCUCCUAGACCAUUCGUCAGGGGACAUAUGUUUUGUGUUCAAUUAGAGAAAGCCAUUUCAUUUGAAGUGUUGGGUUUCCCUGGGGAGCAGCCCUUGAUGAAACCUUCUGUCUCUAUUUCCCAUCAUGUCUGACUCUGCUCUGGAAGCUGUGACCCACAACCUUGACCCUUUGGCUCCAGGUUUACAGAGAAAAGACAACCAGCUCCCCCUCGCCUUGUCGUUGUAAUGUUUUUCACUACCGUCUUAGUUCAUCAUUUCUGUUGCGCCAAGUCUUCCUGUGAUGCUGUUAUACUCACAAUACUAACUCAUCCCAGCUCAACUACAUUUGUCCUGACAAUUUUUUUUGCCAGUCAUUGGUAACAGGUGUAUUGUGGUCGAAUAGGGAAAAAAACGGUAUAUUUUAUUGAUCAAUUUCAAGGAAAUGGCUUCAAGAAAUGUGGAAGUUCAUGGCUGUAUAGUGAUAUCCUAUUGUGAAGAGGCUUUUGCCUUUGUACCACACCAGAGCCCUGCCAGUCCACUCGAACAGGUACUUGAAUGUCUGAAGACUUGAAGGAGCGUAGUGACCUUUUUAUUGUGAAGGUGACUGAACUUAAAGGGCCAGUUUCCCGGACACAGAUUAAACCUAGUCCUGGACAAAAAAAUAUUUUCUCAAUGAUGCUCCAUUGAAUGUUAAUUUUAGUUCAGGACGAUUCUGGAUCUGGCUCAGGGAAACCGGACAGUAGUGUGUCAGCUGUGAGCCAAAGCUCAACUAUCCAUUUUCUUCACCCCCAAUUCCCCCCCCCCCCCCCCCUUCGUUGUAUCUGCGUCAUUUCUUAUUGAGGUCGUUAUAGACUCCUUCACAUUUGAUUUUGUUUUCAUAUCAGGAUACAAUCAAUGAAGGUCAGUGUCCACUAGGUUUAUACAUGGCCAAUGAGUUGAUAUUGUCAUCGGUGGGCCUGGGCUAUCUACUCUUGCCGUUCUCACAAUGUCGUAUGUGAUAUUAUCAUCAUCAACAUGUAAUACUACAGUACAGAUUAGAUUUAGUAGCUGGUAUAUUGUCAGCAUAKAGUUUUUUCACUACAUUUUUGCAUACGUUUGUAUUUUCUUUCAGGAAAUGUACUCUGGGAGAAGGAGUUUGGAAUGAACUUGUAUGAUUUGAUAUUGGCCAAGAGAGAUUUACGUUGUAUUUGGUGCUGACUUACAGCAAGCCUUGGAUCUCUUGGCAGUAGACAUGCAUCUCAAUGAUUAUGAAAAGCGUUGGUCCCCGUUUGAAGUUCAGUAAACCAUCUUUGUUUGAAUUCAUGUCAAGCCUUCUUAGGAUUGUCUGAACUUGUUGUUAUCAUCUCAAAAGAGAAAGUCCCCCAGCCUUGCACAUUGACUUCAUAGGUGAAACCAGAGACAUUUCAGAAGAUCUUAACUCAUUUCUGUACAUAAACAUGUAUAUUUAUUUUCAUAUGUGAACAAAACCAGACAGUGUAUAGUAUGAAAUGACAGGGGAAAAUAACAGGAUUUCUUGGCUGAGGGAACAGUUGAUGAGCAAAAAUAUUCUGAUUUUGUAAGUUGAACAUUUAUUUUUUUCACAUUGUUGUCAAUAUAUAUUUUUUCAUUUCCACUGAAUAAAAACAUCCCUAUGUAGAGCAAUUGCAACCA